CAAACAGCACCGGUGGAUCACGGUGGAUUGAAUGAAAAAACAACAAACAAUUCUUUUAGACAGUUCAGACUGAUUUUGCUGUCUUCGGAGGGAUAUUAUUGCCGUGUCAACUUCUUCUACGAUGGAGUCACGGGAUUUCAACAACCCCAACACAGCUCGGAGUCGUAUUUGUGUUAAAAACACUCCUUCAAACAGCAACCAGUUUCAAAUUAAAGAAGAGCUUGGAAAACACUUUGAAAAAUAUGGAAAUAUUUUAGGUAUCCUCUGUAUGAAAGGGUUCACUUUGAUUCAGUUCGACGCAGAAGAGGCAGCCUCGUGUGCCAUCCAAAUGGAGAACAACACCACCUUCAUGGGCAAAAUGAUCAAGGUCACGCCGGCUAGAAUUCAACCAGUGCCGCCUGGGGAUAAUUUGUUUCGAGACAGGUCGCCUAAUAGAAAACGUUCACCUGUUCGUCAAAUUCGAGGCCAUUCUCCUCCGAGAAGGGGUCGUUCUCCGCCCAGGGAAAACAGGUCUCCACCCAGGGAUACCUGGAGGCCACGGUUUAAUGACGACUUCUCGUCGGAACAGUACGACAACAACCCUUUUAACGCCCCUCAGCAAAGAUUCCCUCCUGGGCCUCCUGGACCAGCACCAGCAGCUCCAAGACCUCCACCAAAAGUACCAAAUGCUGCAGAGAGAACCAAUGAUUGCGAAAUACUCAUUUUUGAUAGAGCACAAACGAUUUAUGGAGAGACAAUUGAGCAAAAGUUGAAGAAUCUUGGCUUGUCUGCAGACAUUCUCUUUCCCAACGCAAGCAUACCUGUAGGAAGGUUGCUUGCAAGCAUUGCCAAUAAAGGAACUCUUUAUGCAAUAAAUGUCUAUCCUAUCAAUGAAGUCAAAGAAAGUUUCACCGUGAAUAUUCUUCAAGGAGACUCCGAAGAACACAGAAACAUUCCGUUUGAGCAAGGAAUUAACGUCAUCAUGGUCAAUUUUGACAAGUACAUCCAGAACGGAGGCAGCCGGACAGCCCCAGCUCUUGUCCCAAUGGUUGGAAGUUCUGGUCCGAGCAUCCACCCUGAUGCAAUUCAGACCAUGACCAAUCUGCUCCUACAAAAUCGGCCUCUGACUGUGAUGCAGUACGAUGCCUUCAUUAAGUACUUGGACCAUCUGAAAACUAAACAGGCGAAACUGGAAAUUGGCGACGCUCUCUCCGUCACCAUGGAAGUUGCCAAGCCAGACAACAACCCUGCAGAGGAUCUUCUGAAGAACCGAAUCAUGAGCAUCAUGGACAAAACCCUAAAGAAGCCACCCGAGCUGCCGAUGUCAUCAGCCCUAGCAGCUCCCCCAAUGAUGAAAAUGCCUCCAAUGCCGCAAAUGCCAAAUCUGCCAGCCUCAGCUACACCCAUGCUGCAGGACCCCAACAUCCAAAAGGCUUUGGAUGCACUGCUCAGCGGAGGCAGUCUAAACUUCUUUUAGUAAUUAAUCCUAUUUAGUUCUCUAAAAUUAAUGUCAAGUACUGCGCAUAAAUUUUAAUUAAAUUUACUGAUCUAUACAAA